AUGAAUCACGUUAACCUCUACGCUCUCUCGUUCUCUUCAUCCCGCCUCUCUCUGCCUUUCAUUCCACCUCCGACAAUUGAUACUUCAGCUCGUCCAUCGCCGCCUGAGGAACAACUAUCGUCGCAACAGAAGAGUGAGUCGGGAGAAGUGGAAGACAGUGGCGGUUACGAACACGAGACAGUGGCACGAGACAGUGGCGGUCAAGAACAUGUUCAGAUCUCUCAACGAAAGCGGUCAGAGCUGCACCAACACCGGCCUUCCUAA